AUGAGUCUCGGCCUGUUUCUGAGACAACCUCGCCUCUGGCAGUUUAGGAAAGAAGGAUUCGAAGUGAUAAGUGAUAGAAGUAGGGCUGUAUCUUUGAAAUUAGAGAGGUUCGAAGCGUGGAGCCUUAGAAUCCAAUCCAACAAUUGUUCGAAGAGUAUUCACUCUUUCCUUGUCCCGUACCUUUUGAACCAACUGAGUUGCAAAUUUCCAAGAGGGAACUAA